AUGGCUCCUCUUUUCUCAAAUGCUGUCCAUCGUCUUCCAACGUCGGAAUUGACCCCUGUCAAAGUUAGGGGGAAAAGGAAACGGCCAAGGAAAGAGCUGGAACCCAUGGGGGUGGCUGACAGCCCAUCGAGCUCAAGAGAUAGCCUCAGUCGCGAGUCACCAAUAUCUUUAGAAAGGAAAGGUUUCCGAGCCACGUCCAAGGCUAAAAGGAACAGAUCCAAAAGUCGGGAUCCCAGGCGGUUCUCGCGCCUCGAAUCGCUUCCCGCUGAACUGAUCGAGCAGAUAUUCUUAGAGUGCCUUGAGUUUGAUCUGCCACGGGCGUCUCCGUAUCUUGGUGCUGUUCUGUCGACAGAUCUGAUUUACCGCGGCUUGAUUCUGUUAUCGUUCUGGAGUGACCCAGACCCAGCAGAUCGAACCGCGACAGCAAUGCUCGAGAGAAUGUUACGCCCAUUCAAAUACAAUCCCAUGGACGCUCUUCAACGCCAGGCAUUGCAGAUUUUAGUCCUGGACUGCCGAUGGUGCACGUUUGAGCGUAUUAAGUCUUUGGUUGGGGAUAUGAUCGAACUGUCACUUUGUCGAUGGCUCUCUGGAGCGGACGCAAUACCAACUGCCGAUGUGGAUUUCAUCAAGCGUGAAUAUAAAAAGGCCCCUUUAAGUCAUAUCUGGCAAGUUCACCUUGACAAUUUUGUCAAUCCUCGCCACAAAUUUGAUAUCUUACAGCCUUAUCUAUCUCCGCUACAGGUUUUGGCGCUACCUGACAAGGUGCUUCGCGGGACUCCUUGGACGGAUGAAAAGGUUCAUUUCUUAGAGUUCCUCCGCAAGCAUAUCCGGAACGUGAAGACGCUAAAGGUGUGGGACGCACUGGCAUCGCGGGAAUCAAUUCAGGAGGGGAUUCGUUCCGCAAUUUUAGAACACAAUAUUCGUGCCUUGCGUGCUCUGAUCGAGCUGGAUGAAUCCUAUCACUCACUUCUAGAUUAUCGUCAGCUCUAUACUUUACCAGGGGAAUACUUCGUUUUGGCUUCACGUCAGGGGGGGCAUGCCAUUACAAUUCUUGUCCUCCUUGUGCGUGCAGCAUCAAUGUCGGUUCCACCGGAUGACCCCGAACUUACGGAAUGGGCGAUUGAAUUACAGGAUAAAGGAGUGGCUUUCGGCGGCUGGCUGCUAAAUUUUAUGAGGGACAUUCCGCUAUUUAGCCAAGAAGAGAGAGAACCGAUUAACCGUCGUUUUGAGUCGUAUUGUCCGCUGUACGGGCCUGACUACGAACAGGUGUUUGGAAGCAAGUGGACUAGCUGGCUACACGAAUUGCAAGAAACCUCGUAUAAAUCGUGGUCAGGCUGGGAUUGA